GGCGCGAGCCUGACGUCGUGUAUACAUAUAUAUAUAUAUAUAUUUACCCUGUGAUCGCGCGCGCGAGUUAUAUGUGUGUAUACGUACAUAUGAGUGGGGCUUUUUUUUCGUCGUCGUUGUUGUUGUUGUUGUUGGAGUUCGCGGUGCACUGCGAGAGGUUCAUUAUUACAUUAGUUAAGACAGCACCGUAGAAAGAAAUAUAUAGGGUAAAUGUCACUCUACUCCUUUCUCCAUCAUUAUUACAAUUUGCGCGCACGAGGAUCGUUCGAGCUCGGUCGAUUGGAGAGAAAAUAAAGAUACAACGAAAAUUUUGGCUUUUCCUCGUCGUUUAAUCUUGAAUUUAAUUUAUAUAAAAUAGGUACAUGCAGUUCAAGUUCGCAGUGUGCCUUGUGCGAUGUUACAAUAAAAUAUAUGUAGUGCGUGUGCCGAGUGUCGAUCGUCGUGUGCAGCAUUACAGCAGCAGCAGCAGCUGAUUCCGCUGCACAUAUACAUACCGGUGUAUUUUUUUUUCAUUUUCUUUUUUUUUAUCGGAGUCUCACUCUCUCAGCUCCGAGGCCAUCUAUACGUAUUAUAAUUCGUGCUCGUCGUCGUGGUCGUCGAUCGUCGACCGUAUAGUGCUUGUGUCUCUUGUGGUGCGUUUUUUAUCAUACACGUAUGUGCGUUCGCAAUAUUACACUGGUGUGUACGAUCGUAUUAUACAUAUUGUAAUACAAAGUGUGUCCGUUGCGUCGUCGCGAGAUGCAAGAAAUUACAAGUGCCAGCGGUGAAUCAGUGCUGUUAUACUGCUGAAGACUCCUGCUCGACUCGACGUCAAGAUGCUGUGCCUGAAGAAACGCAGGACCUACAGCUUCACGCAGGGCGCCUGCAGGGCCGACGCGGCGAGAGAGAAUCAGCGUCGCAAGAGAUCGUCCUCGUCCAAGCGCCGCGACGAGUCCGAGGAGCGUUACUACGAGGGCGUCGUCGGUAAAUCCGCUGCUGCCGUUGCUGCUGCGACCCUGCCGAAAAAAAUCACGCCGAGAGAGGAGAGAUCGUCAUCCACAUCGACGAGCGGCGUCGGCGGCGUUGGCGGUAACAACAGCAACAGUGGUGCUGGAGCAGCAGCAGCAGCAGCAUCAGCCAUGGUACUAACCGUGACGGAGGACACACCCGCGGACAUGCUGGCCGGCAGCAUGGAGCUGCUCGUGCAGAUGCCGCGCGAGCACAGCGUACAGACGCACAGGGUCACCGUGCAGAGGAGCACGCCAAUGAUGGAUCUCCUCGUGCAGAUCGCCACCGCGCACAAAUUGGCAGCCUCGAGUUAUAGCCUGCAGGCGAUCGGCGAGCGAGGACUUGUACUGCCCCAUCAGCCCAACACGCCGAUCGGCGCGCUCGACGCUCUACAGGUCAAGCUUCUGCCUAAACAGGGUACGUUUCUGUCGCGCAAGAGACAGCAGUCCAAUCAGCCAUUCGAAACGACGUUCAGAUUGCAGGUGCACAUGCCACGCAAUCAGCUGUACGUAUCGCGAGUGAGCCCAAAAACGAAUCUCGGCGAGAUCCUCGACGAAGUGUGCCGCACCAAGAAUCUGGACCGGAAUAAGUACGAGCUUCGACAUCCAGCCAACGUCUCGGAUGUGUUGAACUUGGCGCUGAGCCUGCAAGAUUAUCACCUGCAAGAGGUGAGUCUGUGCCCACGCAAUCAGCAGUCUCGACUGGGCUCCUCGGUCAGUACCCAGGACAUCAUGGCUCUUCAACGGCAAGAGGAGCAGCAGCAGCAGCAGCAGCAACCAAGGCAACAACAGCAGCAAGCCAACAAACGUCACACGGUCUUCGGCUUCGUGUUCAGCCGCAAGUCCAAGGAGAGCUCGCUGAGCAGCGACAGCCUUGGCAAUCGUAGCGUGUCGCCGGCGCACAGUCACGACGAGACGACGCCGCGCAGCGUCAGUCCGAUAAUCAUGCACCAUCAUCAUCAUCAUUAUCAUCAGAGCAACGGCAACGGCCACGACGUCGUCGACAAGGUCGAGAAGAAGUUCCAGCAGCCGCUGCCCUCGAGGCCGCUGAGGAAGCGCAGACCCGCGCCGAAACCGCCCACGCAGCAAAUCGCCAAUCAACAGCAGCAGCAGCAGCAGCAGCAGAAAUCGGCAACGGAGACGGAGAGCAUCGACAAGGACAAGAUCGUCAUCAGUCACAGUCGCAACAGCAGCGACAGCUCGGGCUAUCACGAGGCCUCGGUGCUCAGCGACAAUCCGGACAACAACGGCAGCAGCAACAACAAUAAUAAUAAUGGCCGCAUGCCGAAUGGAAAAAUGCGAGGCAUAUUGGAGUCGUCCUCUUCCUCGUCGUCGUCGUCGGUGCCGCGCAAACUGGCCCACACGUCGCAGGCCAGCAAGAGCCUCUGCAAUCUGGCCAUGAUGGCCUCGUGUCACACGGCGAGCGGUGGCACCCUCAGCCGGGGCAUCAGCAACACUUCGCUAAGCUCCGCCGGUCAGCGCAAGAAACGAGCGGCCCCGGCGCCACCUGCUCGGCCGCUGCCGUCGGCCAUCUCCGUGCAGGCCCUGGAGCGCAUCGUCGACUCGGACGAGUCGCUCACCUCGGACAUGGAGCUGUCGAAGCCGUCCUCGGACAUCGCCGGAGGCUCGGACCUAGGUACCUCCUGCGGCAGCCACCACUACGUAGAGCCCGCUAGAGUAUUAGGCAGUAACAAUAACAAAGAUCCUUUCCCGAAGCAUCGUAAGCUCACGAGAACCCUCAACGUAGAUCAGCAACGUAGCAACCUGCAGUUUUCCGAUGUAGACGCAGCCUCUUGCAGUAGUCCCUCGAGCUUUGGCUUGCCGAGCCUCACCGAGGACGAGCGCGAGGCCAUCGACUCGAUCGUCGAGGCCGUCAAUGUCGCGGCCAGGCUCGAGACGUCCUCCGUUCUCAGCAGCAGCAUCGACGACGAGAGACGCUCCUCCGACGCGUCCGACGAGGUAUUCAUCGCCGAUCCGACCACGAAUCGCGACGACGCCGUGAAAAUUCAAGACGUCGAAGUUAUCAUACACGAGGAGCCGAAGCUGAAGAGCAGCCGCUUGACGGAUUUCCAGGACGACACCGUCGAGCCGGACUCGACCGUGUCGCCGCCCAACACGCCCGUCGGCGGCGUGCUGUGCUUCGGCGAGGCGCACGAGGACAACGGCGGCAGCAGCAACAACAAAAAGAUCGCCUGCGCGAUCGUGUCGAUGAUACCCAAGUGCGCUCAUCUCAAUUCGCCGAUCGACGAGGACGUGCCGCAGCUGCCGCCGCCCGUCGGCUUCGACUUCGCGCCCGAGAAGAAGUCGUCGCUGAAGAAGCAGCGAGCGCGCGUGACGCGCAGCCAGUCGGAGCUCGGGCACUUCGACAUCGGCCCGGCGGAGAGACACGGCCGCCACCUGACCUGCCACGGCACCGAGAGCUUCAAUUUCGCCAUCAAUCCGCAUCUCGGCGAGCAGGCCAGGAGGAGGAUCGAGGAGGAGGCCUCGUUUGCGGCAGCAGUCGUCAGCAACAGCAGCAAGGCCCAGCAAAUCGCCACGGACACGGACAUCUUGCUGCAGAAGGUGUCGGACACGCUCUCGCACUCGUACGCGCAGCCGACCAGCCAACUGAUUCAUCAUCAUAAUCAGCGUCACAACGGCCAUCCGCGUCACGCCGGCGAAUCGAUCAACGGCAGCAGCGCGGCGGUGGACGAUAAUGUCGUCAGACGUAGCAAAUCGGAGGACGAAACAGCAACGAGCGGCGUGCAGCAGCAACAACAACAGCAGCGACGUGUCGAAGCAGCAGAACGUUCGACUAGUCAUGAUUACGAGGCCGCCGAGGCGCUCCAACGACAGCAGGAGCCGCAGAAACAGCAGCAGCAGGAUACGAGCGACUACGGUGGCGAGGAUCUCGGCGUGUCCGACUGGGACUAUCAGAUACCCGCGCCGCCGAGCGAAUUUCGCGACGACGAUCAGGACAGCAUCACCACGGCUGGCAAGGAUAGCUUGAAAGACGAAUCGCAACCCGAGCUAAUGAAAGAACCCGAGCAGUCGAUCGCCAUCGAGGCGGAGGUGCACCAACGAACGCCGUCGCCGCCGCUGCCCGCGCCACCUCGGCCAGUGAUGCCGGAAACGCAGUCGUCGCAAAUCGAUUCGACCACCAACGAUAGCAUCUCCGAACCUGCUGCACCAGCCAAGCUGCCGCCGACGACGACGACCACUGCUGCAGCAGCAGCAGCAGUUAUUACGGAAGAGAUCAAGAAAGCCGAGGUCAUCAGCGAGCUCGAGACCAAGAUCACGACGACGAAGCAGCAGGGCAAGAGCAUAAGCGGCACGUCGACGAUCAUGGCCGAGAAGUCGAACGAAGAGUCGGCGCCGAAAAUUGCACCGGUCGAGAACAGCCUGUCGAAUUUCACCAUCACCACGUAUGGCCGGCAAAAGAGUCUCGACAUCUUUGAGCCGGUCGUCGAGACCGCGCGGUCGAGUCGAACGAUAAGCGCCUUCGCCACGCUGCAGAGAGGCCGAAGCAACGCCCUCGACUUCGCCGAGGAGAGAAAGAAGAAGAGCAAUACCAUAGGCGGCGGAAUGAAGAGCGCGCAGAGUUCGAUCGACAUAGCAGCUGCCACCGCGCCGUUGGAGACGAAAAAGAAGGAGUCGGUCGAGAGUAUCGAUAGCACCAGCAAAACGAUUGAAGAAACAGCCCAGGAGAAGCCGCAGCCGCAGCAGCAGAGCGUCACCGUAAACCGAUCCAAGAGCUACGUCAGCCUGUCGAGCAACGAGAAGUUUCAAAAUCGAGUCGACGAUUUCGAGCAGCAGAGCUUGGAAGAUGAGCCGAGAGAGAAGAAACAAGUUGAAAUGGAUGAUAGCGUGAUCGACGGGCCGACGAAAAAGAUUCAGGAUGUAGCUGCGAGUGGCAAUGCUGCUUCUACGACGACGACGACGACUGCGGGCUGCGAGAAUAUGUCGAAACAUGAACGAUUCUCGCAAUGGCGAGAGAAUAUGCUGAAAAAAACCGAGAUCGCAUCCUCUCCGGAAGCUCAGCUGCAAUCGCUGCAGGUACUGAAGAGUAUACUGCCACAAUUAAAGAGUGCACAAACCACCGGUGAAAAUAGCGUCAAAGCCGUUGUCAACGAGCAAGUCCCUCCACCAACGGUGAAGCCCAAGCAAGAGCAACAACAACAACAACAGCAACAGCAGCAGCAGCAACCAGCGGAGGAAAAGAACGAGGUGCAAUUACGUACGACAGCGACUGCGACAGCGGCGCCGCGCCGUGCACCUUCCGAUGCGUCGGCGGUGGCAGCCAAGCGUUACACCUAUUGCGGGCCCCCGUCCAUCAGUUUGGGCAGCUGGAACGAGCGCCCGAGUCUCAAUGUGCAGAUAAAAAACGAUCAGGAUUACAAGCUGAAUAAUUCCAACAAGUCCGCGGCGACGGCAGCCUCGUCCAGCAGCAGCGGAGCCAGGACAAUCGUGAACCUGAACGGCGACAGUACGGACAAGCCCAAAAAGCCCGAGGACGACGACAACGAGUCGCGCGUCGAUACGUCAUCGGUAAACUUCAAAGAACUAACGAAGGCAUUCGGCCAGGAAGUCCGUCUUCGUCCGAAACCAGCUACCGCUCCGCGCCCGAACGUGGUCAAUAAUCAGCGCCGCUCCGAGUACAUCGAACGGCCGAAAGCUGCCGAUAGCCUCCCGAAACAGAACGGCUUCGUCUCGAUGGUCGGCCAAGCGCGACCCGCGACGCAGCCAAAACCAGUGACGCGUUAUACCUCGGUCGUUGGUAUAACGAACAACAGCAACAUUAAUAACAACAACAACAGCUAUAACAACAACAACGAGGAGCAUCAUCAUCAGUCUACGGUACACUUGAACGGUCAAGUGAAGACUACCUUUAAGAUGAUGAAUGGUGUCAAGGAGCAGGCCAACAAUUUGUCGAAUGGAGUCAAGGAGACCGUUAGUAGUACGGUGCCGAAGCCACCGACGAUGCCCAUUAUAACCGGCGUAACGUUGAAGAAUGUGAACGCGAGGCCGAAGGUUCUGAGAACCCAGUCGGCCGUCGAUCCCAGGGAUCAAUUGCUCGAUGCCAUUAGAGGUUUCGGUGGUAGACAGAAUUUGAAAAGGGUCUCCGAUCGGUAUUAGAUCGCAAGUUGGGGAUUGUUCGCUGGCAACCUGCAACUGUGUAGAUAAUGUACAGCUCGAGCGAGGCAAAAGUUUUCAGACGAGCUCUGAAAAAAAAAGGAAAAAAAGCUAGUUUUGUCAUUCAGUCAUGCUAAUAAUAGUCUCUUGUAGGUCAAUGUGUAAUUGUUUUUGAAUGUUUUAUUCGUCGAUUUUGAAAAAAUCGACGCUGUUUGAAAAUGAACGAUUAUAUUAUAAUUUAGUAUAUAAAUAUUUAUUGUUAUUGUUGCUUAUUUGUAUCGUGAAAUGUAUAUCGAAAUUGUCAUAAAAAACUUGCAUGUGCGAGAGUUGUAAACUCUUCCCAAAUUUAAAUAUGUUUGAUUUUUGGAAUUACUCAAUUCUGUAAAUAUUUUAGUGUUGUUUUUUUUUCGUUGGUUUGAUAAAAGUCGAUUAUUGUGGAUAAAAUGAUAAGGUUAAACGUACGUAGCUGGUGCUCAAUUUUAUCACUUUCGAUUGAUUGACAUUUUUUUUAAAGUAAACAUAGUAAAAGAAAUGUCAACAGUACGCCUUACUGAAAUGCGAUCAUUUGAAAUUGUAAAUAUUUUUCAAGUAUGAAUCGUGAUUUGAAAGUUCUAGGAUAAUUCCUCAAUCUUGUCAUCUCCUUUCAUCAGCUAGAGAGUCGAAAGUUUAUUUGAUUAAUUAUGUGGAUGAUCAUUCUAAUCUUUCAUAGUCAUAUGUCGAUCUUCGACAUUACUCACUUUUAUAUAAUAUAACACUUAUUAUACUAACAAAUGUUCUAAUCAAUGUGCGUAAAGAUGUAAGAUUCUAUCAACGGGACCAAAGGUAACAUUCAUCAUAUUUUAAUACGCUGUACAACGAAUUGAAGCUCAUAAAAAAAAUAUAAUUGAGUUCAACAAAGUGUGAAUGUCAGAAAAAAGAAUUAUAUUAUUAGAAAUCUUACACUUGUGAAAUUUGUGUAACAAAUUAGAUAAGUUUAAAUUGUGGAGCAUUUAGUCGGUAUUAUUUUUCUUUAAAAGGUCUUUUUAAACGAAUGUGUUUGACGCAUUCGCUAUUAAUUAUAUUCACUUUCAAGAGUAUAUUCCACUCUAUGUAAAAGAUAUGAGUUAUGUAUUAUGCAUUUUACAUUGAUACAUAUGUCUUGAAAGUCUUAGCCAAAUCGAAGCGAAGUUAGUUUAUAAAAGUGUAAGAAAUAUAUUUUGUAAAAAAAUAAUAUAGUGAUAGAUUUUAAUAUUUAAUAGGCAUUCAAAACAUAAAUUUCUUGAAAUUAACUAUUUUGUGAAUAGUAUAUUAUUGUCUGUAUUGUAUUUAAUAAUGUCCCUAUUGAUUAAAAUGGCAAAACUGUAAUCUAUUAUUUAUGCAAAAGUUAUUGUAUUACUAUAACAUGAAGUUUCAUUAAAGUUGAUUAAAAA